AAAUAUAUAUAUAUAUAUAUAUAGCACCACCUCCAAAAGCUAAACUUCCAUUAAAUUUCCAAAAACAGUACAAUACUUGUGAGAAAAAGAAAAAAAAAGAAGAGCAAGAAGAAAUAGUUUUAACAUUGGAUCCAAUGGGAAGAUCACCAUGCUGUGAAAAAGCACACACAAAUAAAGGAGCAUGGACUAAAGAAGAAGAUGAAAGACUUAUUGCUUAUAUUAGAACUCAUGGUGAAGGUUGUUGGAGAUCACUUCCUAAAGCUGCUGGUCUUCUAAGGUGCGGUAAAAGUUGCAGACUACGGUGGAUUAAUUACUUGAGGCCUGACCUUAAACGUGGUAACUUUACUGAAGAAGAAGAUGAACUUAUUAUCAAACUCCAUAGCCUUCUUGGUAACAAGUGGUCACUUAUAGCUGGAAGGUUACCAGGAAGAACAGAUAACGAGAUAAAGAACUACUGGAAUACACAUAUAAGAAGGAAACUUUUGGGGCGGGGCAUUGAUCCAACAACACACAGGCCCGUUAACGAGCCUAGUACCACACAAAAAGUCACAACGAUUUCAUUUGGUGCUGCUGGAAAUAAAAUUAAAGAUGAAGAAGAUCACAAGAUGAUUAAUGUCAAAGCUGAAUCCGGGCUUAGCCAAUUAGAAGAUGAGAUUAUUAGCAGUCCAUUUCGAGAACAGUGUCCUGAUUUAAAUCUUGAACUCAGAAUUAGCCCUCCUUCUCGUCAAAAUUACCAACAGAGCCAUCAUGAUCAAGAUUUAAAACAGAGUCCAAGGUGUUUUGCAUGCAGUUUGGGUAUACAAAAUAGUAAAGAUUGCAAUUGCAGUAAAAAUAAUAUGGGUAAUAUUGCAAGUUAUGAUUUUUUACGGUUAAGGACUAAAGGUGUUUUGGACUAUAGAACUUUGGAGACUAAGUGAAUAUUAUUCGGAUCAUUUUAUUUGGUAAAAGAAGAAAAAGAGAAUUGAGGAAGACAUCAGUAUUAGUUUAAGUUCUUUCCAAUUUUCUCUUAUUUGUAAAAUUGAAAGUAUUAUUAUACAUAUUAAGUUGAAAGCA